AUGUCAGAGCCUCGUGUCAUCUACUGGUUCCGCACUGAUUUGCGGCUCCACGACUCCCCCGCCCUCCAAGCGGCCCUCGAUCUGGAUCCGGCCACGCUCUGGCCCAUUUUUACCUGGGACCCUCAUUAUGUCUACCGAGCCAGGGGCGGGCUCAAUCGAUGGCAGUUCCUACUGGACUGUCAAAACGACUUGUCCCAUGCCAUCACCCGUCUCAAUGCAAAGUCCAAGCUCUUCGUCCUCAGGGAGGCACCCCAGACGCUGCUUCCCAAGCUGUUCAAGGCUUGGAACGUUACCCAUUUGGUGUUUGAAAAGGACACCGACGCGUACGCCAGGGAGCGAGACGAGGUUGUCACGCGUGCCGCGCAGGAGGCAGGCGUCGAGGUCAUCGUCCGGUCGGGGAGAACGCUCUGGGACAGCGACCAGGUGGUGGCCAGGAACAAUGGAAAACCGACAAUGUCCAUCUCGCAGCUGCAGGCCGCGGGGGCCAAGGUCGGCAGCAUCCCGCGUCCCAUACCAGCCCCCAGUCGACUUCCCGACCCGGGGGAGAUGACCCUCGACUUUGAGCAGGAUCCGCCCGUGGUUCAGCCAGACUUGAACUCGGACCGCAGAGCCGAGAGCGACACUGGCUACGGCCAGAUUGCCGGUCCGAAAGGGGACUUUGCCAUCGAGACCAUGGAGGAGCUGGGGUUCCCCUCGGCGACGACGCCGCAUCGCGGAGGCGAGAGCAUCGCGCUCAAGCGCCUCGGCGACAUCGUUGACAACCACACCUACACGGCAACGUUCGAGAAGCCCAAGACCAACCCGGCCCAGUUUGAGCCCCAGGCAACGACCCUCCUCUCCCCCUUCCUCCACUUUGGAGCCCUUUCCGUCCGCGAAUUCUACUGGCGAGUCCAAGACGUCGUCGACUCGUACCCCGGGAAGGCCUCGUCGCCGCCAACCAGCCUCACCGGUCAGCUGCUCUUCCGGGACAUGUACUUUGCCGCCCAGGCCGCGCUCGGGUCGGUGUUUGCGCAGACGGCAAGGAACCCGUGCUGCCGUUUCAUUCCCUGGCACCUGCCGUCCAAGCGGGAUCCGGACACCGGGCUGAUCACGGGCGAAUACCACGUCGACUCGGAACAAGCCGACGCCUGGUUUCGGCGAUGGAAAGCAGGCGUCACGGGCUUCCCCUGGAUCGACGCCCUCAUGCGACAACUCCGCCAGGAGGGUUGGAUUCACCACCUCGGCCGCCACUCGGUCGCCUGCUUCCUCACUCGAGGCGGGUGCUACGUCGACUGGGAGCGCGGCUGCGAAGUCUUUGAGGAGCUCCUCCUUGACCACGAGCCGGCGUGCAACGCGGGGAACUGGCAAUGGCUGUCCUGCACGGCCUUUUUCGCUCAAUACUACCGCUGCUACAGCCCGACGGCGUUUGGUCAGUCGUGGGACAAGAACGGCGACUUUGUUCGCCGCUGGGUGCCGGAACUGAAGCAUCUGGAGGCCAAAUACAUAUACGAGCCGUGGACGGCGCCUAUCCAGAACCAGAGGAGGGCCGGCGUUCGCAUCACCGGCGAUGGGCUGACGCGUAGGGAAGCGGGCACGUACCCGAAGCCCAUGUUUGAUUUUGCGAAGCAGAAAGCCGUGUGCAUGUCGGCGAUGAAGAAGGCGUACGAGAUUGGACUCCACGGCGACGACAAGGCGGUGCUCGACGGCAGCUGGCGGUCCCUUUUUCCAUCACCAGACAUGGCCGAUGUCACCGGGGAGUCCGAGAGUGGAGCGGAAGGGAGGGCAGGCAAAAAUCGGGAGGUCUCGACGAGAGGCAAACGACAUGCGUCCGAGGCAAGCUCGCAGGAUGGGUCCAAGAAGCAAAUGAGAUUGAGCUUUGGAAAGCAGGGCAGAGAAUGUCACGCUAGCAAGUAA